CAUCUCAUUUUGGUCGAGCCUGAGGCGUGCCACACUGCUGCUGCCCCGUUCGGCCCCCAUCGUCCCCAUACGCAGCAGCCAAACACCUGUCUGUACCGCUGUUGUCUUUUCGCCACAACACCCAGAGAUCUUUCGAGGGAUCGCUUGCGGUGGCUACAGCUGCGGCAACCCAGGCCACGCCCAGCUGUCGGUGAUCCGCCAGGAGAGCAACACUGCUUGAUGCGAUGCGGUUUGCGAGUCGGGCAUUAGCCGAGACAGCCGUUGUGGUGAGCGUGGCGGACAACAUCGGUGCAAUUGGAUUCGCCGCCGUCGUCGACUUCAUCGUAGCCCUCCUUUUGAUUCACAUCGUCCUCUUUCGGCAAUGGCCUCCCUACAAGGCCGUUCACCCGGGGCUCAUCGUGUACACAGGUUUAGCUACGAUGUUGGCAACCGUUUGGGUCAGCAUACGAUACGGCAUGUGGGGAGACGUGGUGGACUGCUCGGGGGUUUCCCUCGCAAUGUUUAGCUUGGGGGCGUUGUUCUCCUGCGGUGUCGUCCGGGUGUACCGAUACCACAACGUCUUGGUCAGGCACAGCGGCGUCAUGUUGCCAGUCACGGUGCAGGUGGCCACGCUUUUGCUGCCGUUUCUCAUCGGCCCGGCCAUGGUCUUGGCGAGAGCUGAUGACGCGACUCCGACGUUUGACUCCACGGCCGGAGAGUGUCUGGAGACUUGGCAGCCACCGGAUAUCAGCGAAUGGGUGGCUGCCGGUAUUCUCGCGGCGGUCGCAUUGGCGCUGGCGUUCCGUCUCCGCAUCGUGCGAUCGCAGGCCCCGCACGAGUUCCUGUCCGCCGUGGCUACGUCCGCCUCGCUCGCCCUAGCCGUGGUCUCCCUGCCCUUGGUGGAGACGAUCAUGAGGGACACGGCCGACGAGACGGCCAUGCAUCGUCGUCGUACGGCGAUGCUCGUGAUCACGGCGCUGGUCGGGAUGGUGGUCGUGGCGGCGCCGGUGCUGCAUCCCCUCCGGCUGCUUGUUUUCAAGGACGACGAGUUUAAUAGCGGCGGGGUGUAUGGCUUCGGCAAGUGGGGAAAACAAACCGAAAGUGCCCAGGACGUUCAUGUGCAGAGCCAAAUCAGAUGGGUCGAUAACCUGGUAAGAAGGCCGGGUCGAGAUGCGCUGGGACAAGCGUCCGCCACGGACGCAGCGUGCUUUCUGGAUAUGGUUGCGCGGGAUGAGGAAGAAGACUACUGUCUGCGUCAGGCGGCGACAAUGCGCAUACUGGAUACCUACCUUCGAGACGGUGCACCGCGAUUCGUGCCCCUCUCCGCCGAGUGCCGUGGCGGCAUCGUCAGGAGCAUGGCGUCGUCAGUGUACACCUUCGGGAGGGCCAGGGAGGAAAUUCUGGACAGGUUGAACAGAACAGCAGCAGAGCAAGGGGAAAGGGGGCCGAUGAACCACACGCGUAGCGAGAAGGUCAACAGCAACAACAAUAACGCCGGCAACGAUAAUGACACCUGUGGCCGCACCCAGAAAAACUCCGGCAAGCGUUCCAAGAGGGAUGGGGUAAGGCCACGCCCCGCCCCACGCGGGCAGCAACAUAAUACCGGAAGGCCCAAGCUAUUCUUCAGCGGGGCAGCGAGCAAAUCCAGGAAAUGCAUACGUGGUAUCGAGAUGCAAACGAACACUAACGGAAAAAGCAACAGGGCAGACGAGAGGUCGCUCAAUGACAGCGUCACGGUCAAGUUCGGCCUCAAGAACGACAGGGAAGACGACACAUUCAGCUACACGUCUUCCGCCAAGACACACUUCUCCGUCCGCGUCGCCGACGGCGAGGGAAGCAAUGGUUUGGCUAUCGUCCGAGCCUCCAGCGAUGAGAGCGACGAUGACGACCUGGGGGAGGUGUCUCGUGCUAUCGCCAACCCUAUCUUCGGGGACAUGACGAGGGCUGUGGGUCGCCAACCGAAAAAUAAACGGUAAAAGGUCCGCUGCUCAAGCUGUGUGAGUUCGCCAUAAAAGUUUAAGGGUAUUCAUGUGCCCGCAGGCCGUAAUCGUUGGGCCAUUGACCUUGCAUCCCUCCUAUGCCCGUCGGGNGGGGGGGGGGGGGGGGGGGGGGGGGGGGGGGGGGGGGGGGGGGGGCGCAUAUGUAGCUGCGGAGAUCGGUCCCGGUAGGUGGCACAUUCUGAGGAGGCGGUGAUGCCGAACACCCCGGAAAUGGAAGACGGGUGGAAAUCUUGGGUAAAACGAGCAGCUAUCAUGCGCUGCACGAGAGGUAGUAUUGUCUCGAACGGGUAGUCUUUCAGACUUGUACAUGUACGUACGUACUACUGUAGUCUACAUUUUUUUUUACGUAAGGCUGUUGGAAUCAGCGGCCGACGCGGCUGACAGCUAUUUCCACCGCGGAGUGUUGAUGUUGUAGGUCAACCGCAAGUCGCUUGUGUCGUACGGCCGCAAGGAUGAAACAUAAUCGUGUGAAGGAGAACAUGUGAUUUUGGCGUGAGUUCACCCGCGGUCUUCACAAGUAAAGUAACCAAUCGCCGCUCGUUCGAUCGUACAUGCCAUGGUUUCGUGUUUUUUUUUAACACAUGUACUGUAGACUAGGGAAGAACAAUCCAACGGAGCGAGAACGGGGGAAUGGAAAUAGUGCCCCUACGACGUGCGCUUCUUGCCCGGGUUAAAGUCUAAACCGCGACCGAACGUGUUCCGGUAUUGAUAAGGGGGAGCGGAAAACGGUGCCCCCACGAUGUGCGCUUCUCGCCGGGAUUACAGUCUUCACCACGGACGAACGUGUUGUGGUUUUGAUAGGGGGGGCGGGUGGAAAAUGGUGUACGCUUCUCGCCGGGGUUGCAGUCUAAAGCAUGAACGAAGGUGUUCCGGUAUCGACAGGCGAUGGAUUGGUGGACGCGGAAAACCUGGGUUGGGCAUACAUUAGGGGGACAGCUCCGAUGGGUCGUAGUGGCUGCUGCUGUGUUCUACCACUUUUUAGGUAGGCCGCUCGGACUGGGGAUUGGAAUUGGACGACAACAAGUUAACAAGGAUCCUGUCAUGGUUCGUGCUGUCGCCGCUAUCACAAAGCUUGCACCCGCGGUAUGCAACGCACGGGACACGCCUCAAGUGUAAAUUGAAGAGUCACGAGGUGCAUGGUUUUCACGCG